UCAAGGUUUUAUAGCUAGGGUUCCUUUAUCGGCGGAGCAAGGUGAGCUUGUUACUCGUGGUCUCUUGUCAGAAUGGCGAAGAAGAAAACGAGAGAGAGCAUCCUAGCUGACGAGAGCUCCGACGACACCGCCCCUCUUCCUCCCCCGGCUCCCAAGGAAGUGAAGAAGGCAGUGGCAGCUCAGAAGGUCGCGGUCCCGGCCAAGGAAGAGUCGGAGACGGAGACGGAGUCGGAGUCGGAUGACAGCAGCACGGAGGUUGUCAAGGCGCCAGAGCCGCCCCCGCCCCCGCCCAAGAAGCCCAACAAAGUGGUGAAGAAGGAGGACAAAGGGAAGGAGAGGGAGAACCUCAAGGAAAAGGAGAGGGACAACAAGGAGAAGGAGACUAAGGCUGCUCGCAAGGCUAAGAAGCGUCAAAGCGUGGACAGGUCUAGUGAAGAGACUGACACAGUAGUAGCACCGCCGCCACCACCGCCGCCGCCGCCAGCAGUGCCAGCACCAGCGGCCCCAGCAUCACAGGCGCAGCAGCAGCAGCAACAAGAUAAGGAUGGCGCUGGCACGGACGCACCGCAGCAGCCCAAGUCGGGGCCGAAGAAGGGCCUGUGGGUGGCCAAAGACGAGAGCAUUCUGGCACAGCAAAUGCUGGACGAUCUCAAGGCCGGCUCCGACUUCCACGACAAGCCCAAGACGGACCCUUACUGGGAGGAGCUUUGCCACUCGCUCAAGGGGAAGCUGUCCACCGAUUUCACCAAGGAACAGAUAUUCGACAAGCACCGGCGCAUGAAGGCCAAGUUUGACAAGUACGAGAGCAGCAAGCCGGGUGGGCGGAAGCGAAGCCAGGCCGUGGAUGCACUGCAGGCCGUGUUCAAGCAGCUGUGGGGGCGAGAUCUCCCGGCCGACCAUGCUGGCGAGGACAGCAAUGGAGACGUGGAGAUGACUCCGGCCAAGAAGGGUGGCGAAGACAGAGUUGGCGACGAACUCAAGGCGGCACUCAAGGGUGGCGAUGGAGGAACCGCCAUGAGCUCGGAUCCGGUGCUCACCAUAGCGGCUUCACUGCUACACUCCGUCAUGGCAAGCCAUAAGCUGGGAAGCGAGCUGACCAAGGCAGGAUCGCGGGAGAGCCGCAAGAGGAACUUGGAGGACCAAAUUGCUGAGUACUCGAGCAUGAAGAGACGGCUCAAGCUGGCAAUGGACUACUGCGAGGUGGAGGAGGAGCUGCUGGAGAAGAAGCUAAAUACCAUCUAAGUAGGAAGGAACGCGCUUUUCUAGAAUUUUCCCUCCUUUUUCUUAUAAGCAAUGACUGUCAUCCUGUCCAAAGUAUUUACCAGCAACUGUGAUAAUCAUGUUGAGCAUCUGGAGCUCGCCUUGGUC